AUGGCACGGCGGCAGCACAUCGUCUUGUUCCCAUUCCUGGCGCAGGGACACAUCAUCCCCUUCCUCGCACUAGCCAAGCUGAUCACCCGGAGAUACCCAGGCCGCUUCACCGUCACCCUCGUCAGCACGCCUCUCAACGUCCGCAGCCUCCGGCAGUCCCUCCCUCCUGAUUCCGGCGUCCUCCUCAGGGAGAUCCCUUUCCGCAGCGCCGACCACGGCCUGCCGCCCGAUACCGAGAACACCGACUCUGUGCCUUUCCAGGACUUGAUCCGGAUAUUCCAGGCUUCUACCACCCUCCAGCCACAGUUCGAGCGGCUGAUCGCCGAGGAGAUCACCAAGGAGGACGGUCGCCCCCCACUGUGCAUCAUCGUCGACUUCUUCCUCGGGUGGACCGUCCAGAUAGCCGAGAAGCUCGGCGUGUUCCACGCCAUCUUCAACACCUGCGGCGCCUUCGGCACAGCCGUCUACUUCUCCAUGUGGAUGAACCUGCCGCACUCUCACACGACCUCCGAGGAUGACUUCUGGGUGCCGGGCUUCCCGGAGAGCUUUCGACUCCACCUGUCGCAGCUCUCUCCGACUCUGAGAUACGCCGACGGAGCGGACCCGUGGUCCUCCGUCAUACGGCAGCAAAUAGCCCUGUGCUUGUCUUCCAAGGCGAUCCUAUGCAACACAGUGGAAGGGUUGGAGCCGAUGGGAAUGGCGCUGCUCCGGAAAAUCGCCGGACUCUGCGUCUGGUCCAUCGGGCCUGUUCACCCCCUGGAGACCACCAACUCUGCCGGCAGGGGAGCCCGGAGGGUGCCCGGGGUCGACCCAGAGACCUGCCUACGGUGGUUGGAUGCUCAUCCUCCCCGCUCCGUCCUCUACGUCUCCUUCGGUUCUCAGAACAGCAUUUCCGCCGCGCAGAUGAUGGCGCUGGCGGCGGGCCUUGAGGCGACCCGCCGGCCGUUCAUCUGGGUCAUCCGCCCGCCCUUCGGCUUCGACGUGAAGGCAGAGUUCAAGGACGAGUGGCUGCCAAAGGGAUUCGAGGAUCGCACGGGGAAGAGCGGACGAGGCCUCCUGGUCCGGAACUGGUCGCCGCAGCUGGAGAUCCUGUCCCACCCGUCGGUGGGAGGAUUCCUGUCCCAUUGCGGGUGGAACUCGGUGCUGGAGAGCCUAAGCAGGGGCGUGCCACUCAUCGGAUGGCCCAUGGCGGCGGAACAGUUCUACAACUCGAAGAUGAUGGAGGAGGAGCUGGGCGUGUGCGUGGAGCUGGCCAGGGGGGUGGAGCAGCGAGUCUCCAGCGUGGAGGUGGAGAGGGUCGUCGGCUUGGUGAUGGACGGCGAGAAGGGGGAGAACAUGAGGAGAAAGGCGGCGUCGACAGCCCAGACGAUAAGGACGGCGAUCGAGGAGGAAGACGACAAGGGUACCUCCGCCGCCGCCCUGGACGACUUCCUAGCCACCGUUCUCAAGACCGCGCCGCCGGCCAACGAAGCAGAUGAUCUGUAG